UUGAGCAGGUCAGAUCUGUGCCAGAACUCAUUCCGCCGGAGUGCUCAAUCUAUAACGGUAGAGAUCGGUCAUCGCACGCGGUAGGCACUACUCAAACGGUCAGAAGCCCCUCGGGUGAUAUCUUGGAAUAACCAUGAUCUCGCAGCUGGGACGGAUUAGCAUUAUUAGUGCGCUACUCUUGGGAGUAUUGGCUGUUAUUAUUGCCGGCAGCUCAGAAAAAACGGAACUCGAUCCCAAUGCCACCUGCAACUACACUCUGGUAAAGAAAAAGACCUUGGGGGUGGACCCAUCUUUUUGGAAAAAGUUCUUCACGCAUUUAGUACCCUUUACCAGUUCAAGAGGCAAAAUGCAGUUCAUACUCUUCAAGAGAAAUUUUGCGGAUUGCGGAAAGGAAUUGUUCGUAGGCGAUGUGGAAAACCUCAAGAACUCGGGCUUCGAUGCACGUCAUCAAACGAGAAUCGUCAUUCACGGCUGGAUGAGUCAAAGCAAGGGUUCCCAUAUAAGAAAAGUUAAGAACGCUUAUCUCAGCCUGACAAAUCCGGGAUUAAACGGAGAACCCGCCCUUUACGAUGACUUCAAUGUGAUUAUAUGCGACUGGAGUAAGGUAUCAACGAAUGUCAACUACUACCAGGUGGCCAAGACGGUGGAGGAUAUGGGUGCUCUGCUGGCGGAUAUGGUACGAUUUCUUAAUCAGGAAGCCAAUAUGCAUUACGAUGAUGUAUAUGUGAUUGGGCACUCGCUGGGAGCUCAGAUUGCUGGCAGUGCUGGAAAGCAAAUUAUGCCAUUUAGAUUUAAUACCAUUUACGCCUUGGAUCCGGCUGGUCCUGAGUUCCGAGAAAAGAGCGAUGAGUAUCGCAUCGAUGCUAGUGAUGCUUCUUAUGUGGAAUCCAUUCAAACCAGUGUCAGUUUUGGCUUUGAAAAGCCCGUUGGGCAUGCCACUUUUUAUCCAAAUUAUGGAAAAAAUCAGAAGAAGUGCUAUGUAUAUGGCUGUUCACAUAAGAGAUCCCAUGAUUACUUUAUAGAGUCAUUAACGAGUCCGGCGGGAUUCUGGGGACCACGCUGUGAGCGUCAUGAUGAUGGCACCUGGAUCCUACUGAUGGGCGAUGGAGAAUUCCGGAUGGGUGGUGAGCCUUCAAUUCCGAAGAAUGGCACUUUCUAUGUGAAAACUUACUCAAAGCCACCGUAUGCGAUGGGUCAUAGAUGGCAAACGGAACCACCUCCACGGGAGGAUGAUUUUGAGAACUCCACCGAAGAGUAGUUUAUUAUCUGAGUUUUAGUCUUUGUCAAUUGUUAUUAUAAAAGAGUGAUCAAAAAUAUUAUAAAUACAUUGUUUUAAGAGUGUUAUAUAUAAUAAGUUUGGUAAUUUUUACUUUUGAAAACAUUUUAAAAGAAAAUACUUAGUUUAAUCUUUUUUUCAAUGUA